AUGGCUCCGACACCACACCGCGUUGCGCACACUUCAACCGAGCUCAAGAAGCUGCACAAGAAAAAUGGCCCGCGGCUCAACGAGCGGCAGCAGAAGCAACUCGAGCGCGACAUCGAAUUAGACCAACGAGCCGCCCACGCACGCGAAGCCGAGGAACGUCGCAAAGCUGCAAAGAAGAAGCGUGAGGAGAAAGAGGCAAAGGAGGCUGCGGCUAGGAAGCAAAUGGGCAUUGGGCUUGCAACACAACUCAUUGGAUACAGCCGUACGCAGGCACAGCUGAAGAACGGGAUGGAGGCUUUCUUGGGCUUGAAGAAGAGGAAGGAAGAAGAAAAGCGCAAGAAGGAGGAAGAGCUAACGAAGAAGUUGGAAGCCAUCGCCGAAGAUAUAGAGAAGGAACCAUGGGAUGACGAUGACGAUAAUGACAACGACAUCGCCCUCGACUUUCCAGUAUCGAACACAUCUUUUGGCGAGCAGUGGGCUGAUGACGACUUGGAUGACGAUUCGCUCCUUCAAGCCCAUGACCUGAUCAUGUCAGAUCCAGUUGAAAAACCUCGUCUUCAUAACCUGCAACCCCCGCCUGUGCCCGUCCCUUCCGUCAUUCCUCCUCCGACCAUGGCGUCGACCUCGCCAAAGCCAGUACCUGUCAAAGCCAAUAUCAAUUUCACUCGCACACAUGGUCCCACAAACAAGACAAUUGAGGCAAUAUUGGAUAAGCUACCUGGGCCCCUCAUAGAGAUUCUCUCGCAGGAUAUGUCUUUGAACAUCCCGAUGUGGGACCCUGCCGAGGGGCUACUUUACAAGUUGAAUCCAGCCGGAAUACCAUCACAUCGCCUGCGUAUCAAGGUUGGGUGUAUCGUCACUCUAUUAAGAGACCUAGAUACAAGUAGCCAGUUGUCAAAGAGUCAACAUUUACGUGUCUUGCGGUCUGAAAAUGACCGUUUAGAAUGCUUGGUCUUGGAUGGUCAGCUGGAGGGUACCAAGACAGUGCUGACUCGAGUGCCAUUCGUUGCAAAGUACAGAGGCUUGGACCAGCAUCCAUACCGGCGGACCCAGUUUCCGAUUCGUGUCGCAACUGAUUACACGCCGUCUAAUGCGCCACGGGACACAUCACAAACGGGAUUUAAGAUGCCCUCUGUACCUGGUCGAGUGCCGUCUGAAAGUUUGCCUAGAAAAUCAGCGCUGCAUAUUGCCAAGACAACGACCUCUGCAAACUUGAACCUAGUCUUUAAACUCCCUGGCCUACCUGCAUCAAAGUCGAGCUCGUUGGUGACUGCAAAGUCUAUAUCAAUUACGAAGCCUGCUCCGGCUCCAGUUUCACCACCGAUAGACUGUUGGGAUGACUUUUUGGAUAGCAGUACGCAGAUCUCGCGGGAUCUCGCUGCGGAUGUAGCGCCAAAGCCGAGUGAACCAACGAAGGCUCCGGUAAUUGCACCAUCCACGUUGGCCGACGGACUUCCGCCAAUGUCAACUCAGGACUUUGAUUUCUCCAUGGACGACUUGGAUGAAGAGCUCAAUCCGAAAGCGCCGCUGAUAGUGACAGCUCGAGCUGAGCAAGACAUCACUAAAGCGAUGCCUGUGCCACUGGCAGCGAAGCCAUUGGCACCUAAGGCGGUGCAGAAGACGAUCCCGACGGUGUCUACUGCACUGCCCGCGAAGAAGACUGCUAAGGCAGGUACAACUGCAAACUCUAGCAAGCCAUUAAGACCUGCGAGGAAAAUAGCAGGCAGAUGCUUGAAUCCAGGUCCCUUCGCCACGGGUAUUGAAGCCAAGCUUGCGAAGCUGAGACCUUCACAGCUACCUAAGUCCAUGGAUGGGCCCUGGAAAAGAAAGUCUACCACGGCUCCGCCUCAGACUUCUCCACCCCCAGCGAAAAAUCAACGCGUUUUGAGUCCCCGCACUGCAGUUCCGACAGAUUCUGUGGCUGUAUCCAGCUCUAAAGGAUCGUUUGAAGAGUUCAUGUUAUCAACACAGGAGGCGGCAUGCUUCUUUGACGACGAUGAUGAUUUUGGUUUUGGGUCACCACCCAUUGCUGCGUGA